AUGCGGAACUGCUAUAAAUUUACAAUUAGACAGAACUAAAAUUCCAAUUCAGUUCUAACAAUUUUAUCUCAACACCAAACAAUAUUUACUACUUUUACAGUCAUGGGUGUAAUAUUGUUAUUGUUUCUGAUAUAUUCAUUUGUGGGUUGCCUGGCUGUGACUUCAACCAGCUUCACAGAUGAGUAUGCACUUCUAGCCUUCAAAGCUCAUAUUACCAUUGAUCCUACUAAUGUUUUGGCAACAAAUUGGUCAAAAGGUACCUCCUUUUGCAAUUGGGUUGGUGUUGCUUGCAGCCGUAGGCGUCAAAGAGUGACAGCCUUGAAUCUUUCAAAUAUGGGUCUUAGAGGUACCAUCCCCAAAGAUGUUGGCAACCUCUCAUUCCUCAGUUUCUUUGAUAUCAGUGAGAACAGCUUUCAUGGCCAUCUCCCUGGUGAACUAGGUCGUUUGCGUCGACUAAAAUCAAUCAAUUUUGGCUUCAAUGAGUUUAGUGGUAAAAUUCCAACUAGUUUCAGAAUUCUAACCAAACUUGAAUUCUUGCUUCUCUCUGACAACUAUUUCACUGGAUCUAUCCCCAGAGACAUUGGCUAUCUUCCCAAGCUGAAGAUAUUAGCCAUUAGUAACAACAACAUUUCAGGGUUCAUUCCUUCCACCAUCUUCAACAUUUCUUCUUUGCAAAGGAUUGAACUCUCUAAUAAUAACCUGUCUCCAAGUCUCCCAAUGGACAUGUGCAACAAUCUCUCAAAGCUUCAAGGGCUGUAUCUUUCACAGAAUCGGCUAGGUGGCAAGCUUCCCAUUAGCUUACCCAAGUGUACUGAACUUCAAGAAAUAUCACUUUCAUUCAAUGAAUUUACAGGACAAAUACCUUGGGGAAUCGGGAACUUGUCUAAGCUUCAGUUAUUAUAUCUUGGUGGUAACAGCCUGACUGGUAAAUUACCUGAUACAAUCUUCAACAUCUCUUCACUUGUGGAUUUAGAUCUCUCCUACAAUAAACUCUCUGGUGGUCUGCCCAAGGGUCUAUGUCACCGAAAUCCAAGGCUUGAAUUCACAGUUCUUUCACAGAAUCAGCUAGGUGGCAAGCUCCCUGCUAGCUUAUCCAAAUGUACGGAACUUCGAGAUAUAUCACUAUCAUUCAAUGAAUUUACGGGACAAAUGCCUCAGGGAAUCGGCAACUUAUCUAAGCUUCAGGUCCUGCAUCUCUCUUACAACAAUUUCACAGGAUCUAUCCCUUCAGACAUAGGUUAUCUUCGCAAGCUGAAGGUACUAUACAUCAGGAACAAUAGCAUUUCAGGGUUCAUUCCUUCCACCAUUUUCAACAUUUCUUCUUUGCAAAGGAUUGGCCUCACCAACAAUACGCUGUCCGGUACUCUCCCAGUAGACAUGUGCAACAAUCUCUCAAAGCUUGAAGAGCUACAUAUUGCACGAAAUCAGCUAGGUGGCAAGCUUCCUACUAGCUUACCCAAAUGUACUGAACUUCGAGAUAUAGCACUGUCAUACAAUGAAUUUACAGGACAAAUGCCUUGGGGAAUCAGCAACUUAUCUAAGCUUCAUAUAUUAUAUCUUGGUGGUAACAGCCUGACUGGUGAAUUACCUGAUACAAUCUUCAACAUCUCCUCACUUGUGGAAUUUGAUCUCUCCUACAAUAAAGUCUCUGGUGUUCUGCCCAAGGGUCUAUGUCGCCGAAAUCCAAGGCUUGAAGUCAUUUAUCUUUCUUCGAACCGACUCACUGGCGAUAUCUCUUCUGGACUGUCCCAUUGCAAGGCACUUAAGGAACUUGAUCUAUCGAUCAAUAAUUUCACAGGAAGCAUGCCAAUUGACAUUGUAAGGUUGUCUGCACUUCAACUUUUAUAUCUUGGUAGAAAUAACUUGAAAGGUGAAAUUCCACUUUCAAUUGGUAAUAUGUCCAUGUUAGAGGAUAUCGAUUUGAGUGAAAACAAUUUUCAUGGUAUGAUUCCUUGGCAAUUAGGGCAUCUCUCAAAUUUGAUAAGUUUAAGCCUUUUUUCUAACUACCUUAUGGGUGAAAUACCAUUGUCACUCUUCAACCUAAGUACAUUAGAAUACAUUUCCCUCACAAGUAAUCACCUUUCAGGAACUCUUCCAUCAAGUACUUUCUUUUGGCUUCCAAAUCUUGGUACUCUUUAUCUUGCUGAGAACCAAGUCAGUGGAAUAAUUCCCAACUCAAUCUCAAAUGCCACCCAACUAGUUGAGAUCGAUCUAUCCAGUAACUUGUUCAUUGGUAGCGUUCCCACGACUCUCGGGAAUUUAGGCCACCUCCAAUUUCUCAAUUUAGAAAUGAAUCAGUUAACGAACGAUCCAUCGGCAAUUGAGCUAAGUUUUAUCACUUCAUUAACCAAUUGCAGGCAUUUGAAAUCAUUGGCCUUACAAUAUAAUCCUCUGAAUGGUAUUAUUCCAAAAUCGAUAGGAAAUUUCUCCAACUCUCUUGAAGAAAUUGUUGCAACUGCCUGCCAAAUAAAAGGAGUAAUUCCUACAGAAAUUGGAAAUUUGAGCAACUUGAUUAGAUUGGCUUUAGGAGAUAAUGACCUGACAGGGUCAAUCCCAGAAAAAUUUGGACAGCUUCUGAAACUCCAGUUUUUGGAAAUUGCUGGUACUAAAUUGCAAGGAACGAUUACAAGCAGACUAUGUGCUUUAAAAAGCUUGAGUGAGUUAAAGUUGUAUGGAAAUAAAUUUUCUGGAUCAAUUCCGAGCUGCUUUGGGAACCUUACUUCAUUGAGAAAACUCUUUUUAGAUACCAAUGCCUUAACUUCUGAAAUUCCAUUGACUAUGUGGAACCUUAAGGAUAUCAUUGUUCUGAACUUGUCUUCUAAUAUUCUAAGUGGUUCUCUACCUCCAGAAAUUGGCAAUUUGAAACAUGUUACGCUGUUGGAUCUAUCAAAGAAUCAGUUCACAGGUAAAAUUCCAAACACAAUUGGGCAACUUCAGAGCCUGGCCAACUUCUCCUUGUCAAAAAACAGACUACAGGGUCCUAUACCCCAAUCAUUUUCUGAUUUGAUAAGUUUGGAAUCCUUAGAUCUAUCGCUGAACAAUUUUUUUGGUGCAAUCCCCAAGUCAUUGGAGAAACUUUUGUAUCUUAAGUACAUAAAUGUUUCAUUCAAUAGAUUAAGCGGAGAAAUUCCAAGUGGAGGAUCUUUUGCAAAUUUCACGUAUGAAUCUUUCAUGCAGAAUGAUGCACUAUGUGGAGCACCUCAGUUCCAUGUCAGAAAAUGUAAAAGCCCCAAAAAAUCACGGAAGACAGAAAUUCUUCUGAAAUAUGUUGUACCACCAAUUGCCUCAUUGGUAAUUGUAGUGGCUUUUCUAGUUGGAUUGCUAAGAUGCAAAAACAAAAGCAGGCAACUUCCAAUCCAAUGUGAUUUACCACCUGGUGUAACACAUAGAAGGAUAUCACACCAAGAGAUUCUUUGUUCAACAAACUACUUGUGUGAAGAAAAUUUGAUUGGAAAGGGAGGCCUUGGUUCGGUAUACAAAGGGAUAUUCGCUGAUGGGAUGGUUGCUGCUGUCAAGGUUUUCAAUUUAGAGCAACAAGGUGCAUUCAAGAGUUUCGAUGCAGAGUGUGAAGUACUGCGCAACAUUCGUCACCGAAAUCUUGUCAAAAUAAUCAGCAGUUGCUCCAACCUUGAUUUCAAAGCCUUGGUGCUACAAUAUAUGCCAAAUGGGAACCUUGACAGGUGGUUGUACUCUCACAACUAUUGCUUGGAUAUUGUCCAAAGGUUGUGCAUCAUGAUAGAUGUUGCAUCUGCAGUAGAGUAUCUCCAUCACAGUUGUUCAACCCCAGUGGUGCAUUGUGACUUGAAGCCAAGCAACAUUCUGUUAGAUGAAGACAUGGUUGCACACGUAAGUGAUUUUGGUAUAGCAAAGCUCUUGAUGGAGAACAAGUCAAUGGCACAAACAAAGACACUAGGCACCAUUGGGUAUAUGGCACCAGAGUAUGGUUCGGCCGGGAUAGUAUCUCCUAUGGCGGAUGUUUACAGUUAUGGAAUUUUGUUGAUGGAAACAUUUACAAGGAAGAAGCCCACAGAGGAUCUAUUUCAAGGGGAACUGAGUUUGAUGCAUUGGGUUUGGGAGUCUUUCCCUAAUGAAAUACUGGAGGUUGCAGAUGCUAAUUUACUAAGAGAAGAGGAAGAAUAUUUUGCUGCUACAAAUAAUUGCCUGUCAUCCCUCUUAGGAUUAGCUCUAGAAUGCACCGCAGACUUACCUGAGGAGAGGGUUCACAUGAAUUAUGUCUUAGCCAGGCUCAAGAAGAUCAAAAUCUCGUUUCAUGAGAGCGUAACGAGGAAUUCAAUGAAGCCACUGAUCUAGCUAAGUUUCAGAAUGGUGUACUCAGUUAGAGAAUAACUCUUCAUGUUUUGUUGGAGAUAUUUUACAAAUAAGCCUUUUGCAUACUUUAUCACUAUUCUUGGUGAUUCCUCAGAUGUAUCAGAGGCCUUCCUAAUAUAGUUAGUGAUAUUUGUAUGACAUGUGACUCCACCAGAGUUAUUAUUUGUAGGCUUCACUUCCUUUCAGUUGAAUGUUUGUUACAGUACUUUUUAACAAGACACUCUGUCAGAUUAGUAUUAUUAUUAUUAUUUUUUAAAUU